AUGGAAAAAUCCAAAAAUUUCCGCAUCGACGCGCUGCUGGCUGUCGACCCCCCCAAGGCGGUGGUGGCGGCGGCGGGGCAGAGCGCGCCGCUGGCCCUGGUCACCUCGCUGGGCGGCAGCGGCAGUAGCAGCAGCGGGAGCGGCAGCCCCCCGUCCUCGUCCUCCUCCUCCUCGUCCUCCUCCUCGUCCUCUUCCUCCUCCUCCGAGCAUCCCGCCGGCGGCCCCGCCGACUGCCUGCGCACCGACAGCCCCUCUCCGCCUCGCCUCCUGGCCGCCCACUGCGCCCUGGUCCCCAAACCCGGCUUUCUGCCCGCUACCGGCGCCGGCGCCCACCCGCAUCACCACGCCUCGGCGGCCGGCAUGGCCCUGGGACUGCACCCCGCGGCGCCCGGCGGGCCGGGCAUGCCGGCGCAGGCGGCCCUCUACGGGCAUCCCGUGUACGGGUACUCGGCGCUGGGCGGGCAGCACCCGGCCCUCUCCUACUCCUACUCGCAAGUGCAGGGAGCGCACCCCUCGCACCCCGCCGCCGACCCCAUCAAGCUCAGCGCCGGCACCUUCCAGCUGGACCAGUGGCUGCGGGCCUCCACCGCCGGCAUGAUCCUGCCCAAGAUGCCCGACUUCAACUCCCAGGCGCAGUCCAACCUGCUGGGGAAGUGCCGCCGGCCCCGCACGGCCUUCACCAGCCAGCAGCUGCUGGAACUGGAGCACCAGUUCAAGCUCAACAAGUAUCUCUCCCGGCCCAAGCGCUUCGAGGUGGCCACGUCGCUGAUGCUUACCGAGACGCAGGUGAAGAUUUGGUUCCAGAACCGGCGCAUGAAGUGGAAGCGCAGCAAGAAGGCGAAGGAGCAGGCGGCACAGGAGGCUGAGAAGCAGAAGGGGGGCGGCGGGGAGGACAAGGGGGAUGAGGACCUGCUGCUGCCCGCCCCGGAGAAGAGCAGCGGGAGGAGGAUGCGGGAACUGCCCGACAGCGAGCCCGAGGACGAGGACGACGAAGAGGAGGAAGAGGAGGCGGCGGCGGCGGCGGCGGCCGGGCGAUGCUGCCCUUACCACUCCUCCGACUGCUCCGAGGCGGACGAGGAGGACACGCAGCCCCGGGGCCGGCACGGAGCCCCGGUGCAGCCCCAGUGA